AUGGCACCGUCUGCGUGCGUCGCACCCAUCGUAGAUUCCACCCUUGUCUUUCGAAAUGAUAUCUUUAACGGAAAGGUGCUCUUCUGUACGGGGGGCGGGUCUGGAAUCGGUCGGGCAAUGACCGAAGCUGUGAUGCGUCAUGGAGCCAGUGCUACUAUCGUUGGACGCAAACUUGACCGGCUCACGCAGGCUGCGAAAGAACUUUCAGAGGCGACGGGCCAAGUCUGUAUUCCCGCGCAAGCAGAUGUCAGACAACCAAGCGCUCUUAAAGAUGCUGUCACGAAGACGAUAGAGAAAUUUGGUCGUAUUGACUUCGUCAUUUGUGGUGCGGCUGGCAACUUUUUGGCGCCAAUAUCGGGUUUGUCAGAAAAUGCAUUCCGAACUGUGAUGGAAAUCGACACAGGAUCCUAUAUCAUGAUUAGCGCGACGCUCCAUUAUAGCGGCAGGUGUUCUUCACGCUUCAGCACAGGGACUCCUUACCAGGCCCACGUAUCAGCAGCGAAAGCAGGUGUAGACGCUCUUUCUAAUGUCCUUGCCGUUGAAGAAGGUCCACACGGCGUACGUUCAAACGUCAUAUCACCUGGUGCCACAGCCAACACCGAGGGUAUGGCUCGUCUGGCGCCCACAGCCGGCAAAGAGAGUCCAUUUCCACUAGGGCGCCUAGCUGAUGUUAAGGAUAUCAGUAACGCGGACUCGGCGUCAUAUAUAACAGGCCAAAUACUGCCUGUCGAUGGGGGCAGUGAGCAUCUUCGGACGACGCAGCUGCCGUAUCCGUCUUCCGUGUUGGACCCUUCUGCCACGCUGAAGGUUCUAAAAGCAAGGAUGUAG